AUGUCGCAAGAGACUCACCAGUGUUCGUGGACCCACAUGAAAAUUGGACUCGUAAGUGGCACAGUGGGUCGUGAGCCGCAUCUCAACAGCCAGGCUGGGACCCCGUGGGGCUCUACCAUGUCCCUGUACUCAUCCAGUCUGCCGAUGAACAAUGGCGUAAGCUUGGGCGGGGGCGAAGGCUUCGGCACCAUGUUCCCCAAGAAUCUGUACCGUCUUCUGGCGGUGGUGGUGCACUCCGGCGAGGCAAACAGCGGGCACUUUGUGACCUACCGGCGCGGCUCGCUGAGGAACGCGCAUCGCUGGUUCUACACAUCGGACACGAUUGUGCGAGAGGUGAGCAUCGACGAGGUGCUCAGCGUGCCCGCCUACCUGCUCUUCUAUGAUCGGGGCCCGCAGCGGCAACUGCCUCUCUGCUAGGCCGCUGACGUGGGAGCGGAUGAAGGAGCAGGAGCAGCAAAUUGGGUUCGGGAUCGGGAUCAUCCUAGUCAGAAGUCACUCAGCCGUCGAGGGCGACACACUCAUUCGAUGUGAUGGAAAUCCAAAUCCACUUCUCUUUACUCGUGGCCGAGAACACGCGACGUAGCCAUACCCAUAGACCCGUAUAAAGUCGUAUAUAACAUAUAUAUGUGUAACAGUCCUAUGAUUUGUUCAAUAAGGCUAUAUUGCAAGAUGCAGUAGCAGCCCACACCGGUACACCAAAGCAUAAAUAUUCAUUUGUUAUCGA